CUUAUCGCUCGCUCACUCACUUGCAUUUUCCUGAAUUCCGCUCCAUCCUCCAGGACCCCGAGAGUGUGUCGCGACUCUAUCGCUACAACGCCCCCAUCAUCGCAAUUGACCCUCGGUCGCCUCGCCCACAUCCAUCCCUCCCUGACGCCGGGCAGCAUUGACGUCAGUAAUCUUCCACAACCGCUCAUCACAACAAACUUUGUUUGUCGCCAUGCGGCCUCACGUCGUUUUGUCUUCGCUGGCCAGCGUCGCCGUCCUGGUUCCCGCCGCCUCCGCUGCACGUUUCGAUGCAUACCCCGAAUACCGCCACGACGCCUCCACCACCGCCGUGCGAGCCAAGUCUGACCUCUUUCCUUUCCUGAAGAGGCUUCGGAAUGGCGUCGUUGAAUUCGUCUUUGGCCCCCAUCCUGCCAAAGCUAGUCACCUAACAUCCCACGUCCGAACAAGCCUGCGAGAUGAUCACAUCAAUGAGGUCGUCUUGCGCUUCAACCUGACCACCGCCGAAGAAGAGACUGCCUUUGCUGCCGCCGCCGCCCGGACCUUCCUCGACAUUUGGGCCUUCAACCAUGAAUUUGUCGAUGUUCGGAUUCGUCAGGACAAUGUUCGAUCCCUGCUCGGGCUUCUGCCCGACUCGCUGAAAUCAGCUUACUCGACAUUGAUUUCAGAUGUAGCAGCUGCUGUCUACGAUACUUAUCCGGCUGUCGAUGUCCCGGCCCAGACCUACCGCAUCCCAGAUGGUCGCGCAAACCUCAAGAACGCGCAAAACGGGAACGAGAACUACUUUUUCCAAGAUUAUCAGAGACUGGACACUAUCGUCCAAUGGAUGCGAUUGGCCGAAGCCAUGUUCCCGGCUAUCACCGAAGUUAUAACCAUUGGGCAAUCCUCUGAACAACGAGAUAUUCUUGGUCUCAAGGUUGGCAUGAAGACAAGGGCGCCAGGGAGCGAAAAGCGAAAGACCGUCGUUGUUGCGGGAGGAAUGCAUGCAAGAGAGUGGAUUUCCACGACAACUACCAACUACGUCGCGUGGUCCUUCAUUACGGCCUUCGGCAGAGAGCCCAUGAUCACCAAGCUGCUGGAGCAUUUCGAUUUCGUCUUCAUCCCGGCAGUCAACCCCGACGGCAUCGAGUAUACCUGGACUACAGACCGACUGUGGCGCAAGUCCCGGCAGGAGACUGGUAUGUCUUGGUGCCACGGCUUCGACCUCGACCACGCCUUUGGCUAUGAAUGGGGUGACUACUCCGAAAAUGAUCCUUGCUCUGAGAGCUAUGGCGGUAAACAACCAUGGCAGGCGGCUGAAGCUAGAGCUGUAGCGAUCUGGGCGAGGAAUGCUUCGUUGGAGGAUACCGAGUUUAUUGGUCUCAUUGACCUGCACUCCUAUUCCCAACAGGUGCUAUUCCCCUUUGCAUACUCCUGCGAUGUGGACCCGCCCAAUGUCGAGAACCUCGAAGAGCUCGCAGCUGGGCUUGCCAAGGCCAUCCGUCUGUCUAACGGAGAGCUGUACUCGGUUACCUCGGCCUGUGAAGGAGCCGUCGCAGGACGAGGCUCUGCACCAGGCGCCAAGCGUCUCGAGACAGGCGGUGGAUCUGCCAUUGACUGGUUCUACCACGAACUGCACGCGCAUUACAGCUACCAGAUCAAGUUGAGGGAUACCGGCAGCUACGGCUUUCUUCUUCCCCGGGAAAACAUCAUCCCGGUUGGCGAGGAAAUAUUUAGCGCGAUGAAGUACUUUGGAGACUAUCUCCUUGGUAACAACGGAAUCGAAAAGUCCGUGGGAGCCUCACCACAAACAUCCGAUGAACCGGAUCGCAGUUUGGAGCUUCGACGACUUAGAAAGCGCAAAUAGUUAGGCAGCCCAAAGGAUGAACUUUGAGUCUUGAUCUUCCGGCUUCGUUUGUUUCGCCUUGGGAAGAACAAGCAGAACAACAAGUGGAGACUAAGGGAGAUUAGUGGCUGGGCACAGCAACCCAGGUGUACGACACGGAGUUAUGGCGAUGGUAGGAAUUUGUUUAGGUAUAAUAGUCACGGUUGUACGCAGCGGUUAGCAAGCAAUGGGUCGGUUCACUGG